AUGGCUUUUUUUCACCGACAAAUACCUCGAGCGCUUCGACAUUGUGUUGUUCGCUAUCCUAAAAAGGAGUCAACUCGUGUUCCAACGGGGAAAAACAAACACAAUUAUGAGAUUGAUGACGACAGACAAAUUAUGGAAUUAGAACUACCGAGAAAUUGCGGAAAAGUGUUUAAAAAUCAGGUAGCAUAUUUUGAAAAAGUAUUGGUAACCAACAAUGAGUUGCUAGAAUUGAGUGCAAGUAUAAGGCAAUUUAAGACGAAGCGUAUACAAGACUUGGAGAAGACGUAUAAACAUCUUACGCACAGACUAGAAAAGAAGGAUAACCUUAUACGACGAUUAAAAGAGGAGAACAAAGAACGUGUACAAGCAUUAGAGAAAUAUGAUCAUAUUGUUGCGCAGUUCACAGAUUUGAUGAGUCAAAAAGAAAAGGAAUUAGAGCUGCUUGAGCAUUUCAAAGGAAGAGUGAUUCAAUUUGAAAAAAUUUGCGAUGUUAGGUCAGCUUUGGAAUACAUUUGGGCAAAGAUUCUUGCAGAGACUGAUAAACCUUCCAAGACGCCGGAACCUGUUGGCGUUGUGUUACAGCGGUUCUUUGAAAAGUACCAAGAAGAUGUGCGGGAAACAUGUGAGAUAAAUAGAUUGGACGUAGACUCUGUGAAAGCCCGUGUUGCCAACCUCUAUAAUAUUUCAUGUAAAAGAUUGCAUGGGUAUAAGUCUGUUGUUGUAAUUUGUGCAAAAUACUGGGAAAAACCUGAGUUAAAUAGCGACGAUAUAGAUAGGAGGGGUUUCGAGUUCUUGCUUUUAAAUAAUGAUAACUACCCCAGUUAUGUUCCGUUAGUGUGUCCGUUACUGAGAGACAGUGAAACUUUGAAGGGUAGAAAGAGGCACCAGG